AUGUAUAGGGUGCAGCCGGCGUCGUACCGCGGCAAUGACGGGGCGCAGUCGGCGCCGCACAGUACGCCGGAGAGCCGGCGCGUGUCGCUGUCGGGCGCGGGCGGGGCCGCCGGCCCGCCGCCGCCGGGCGCCGCCAGCGCCGGACACACGCCGCAGCGACACUCGCUCGCCUCGCCGCAUCACCCCCAGCCACAACCCUUCAACCCUCUCAUCUAUGGACACGAUGUAGACUCCGUUGAUGUUGCGACCAGAGUUGCUAUGGUGCGAUUUUUCAAUUCACAAAACAUUCUGGCGAAUUUUAUGGAGCACACACGAACACUGCGCCUGUACCCGCGGCCUGUAGUCGCCUUCCAGAUAAACAGCUUCCUCCGAUCACGACCGAGGACCACCUCCUUCUUGAACAAAUUUGCUAGAACACAAGCAGUAGAGUUUUUGGCGGAGUGGUCCCUAACUCCGGGCAACGUAGCGUUUCUACGUGUUCAGACGGGCGUCUUUGAUCCGAGACAAGUAGGGGACAAGCCCAAAUGGUUCGCCGACCAAUUACAGCCCAUCCGGUUCCCUGUAUGGGAUGAUGGAAGCUCACUCAACGGAGCUCUGAGACAACUGCAGCGACAGGAAAAUCAACCGACAGAUGAAAGCGGUUCUGACUCUGAGGCUGCAGAAAGUACAAGCUCUUCAUACUCGUCACUCAGCGACUUUGUAUCAGAAAUGGCUUCAUCAGAUCUCUCUCCAGGUGGAAAUCAGCAUCAGCAUGUUAUCGGAGAGACUUACAGCGCUGUUGUGCAAGUACCGAUGACGCUAUCAUCAUCAUUGGAUCCUAAAACGGUGUACAGUCCACCCUCAUCUCUGAUGUUUGGUAACGAAGAGGAUGCUGGGGGCAGGGACGCUGGACGGGCCUCCACGUCCCCCUCCCCGUCCGCCUCCAGCUCCGACCAUAGUGACCUCUCAGAUGACGAGGCCCCCGGAGAUAUCGCUGUAGAAGCCAACGAUGCUCAUCCUCCUCCUGUUAAGAAAAGCGACACGGACAGCGGUAGCUUCGGGCGCGAGUCAGACUCGAACUCGACGACGACGCCGCAGACCGUGGUCCGGCGGCCGCGCGCCCCCGACAGCAGCGCCAGCGACUCCGACCGCGCGCUCACGCCCUCCCACCACUCCCUGCACCACUCACAACAUAAAGUACGACACACCAUACACCGUUCUCAUCUUCUAAUCACGCUAGUCGACUCAAUAAGUGUACUUGAUUACCUAUCACAUAGUCGUAACGAGCUUUUGCAAAGACAGAAAGUAUUUUUUGCAUAUUUUUUAUGGGUUAGGAUGCCAGACUAG